GGGAGCGCCCUGCGUUGGUUAUGCUGUCAACCGAUGCCCCCCGCUCCCCUUGGCCCCGUCCUCGCAUUUGUUGUUACAGCCCCGCGCUCAAGAGCUUCUUCCCUUCCUGCUCCUCCUCCUCCCCUUCCAUCCGUCCUUCCUACCUCCCACCGUUGCCCUUUGCACCUUCAUUGCUCCCACAUAUGUGGCAGAUCAUUUGACCCGUCUAUCAGUAGCGCAGUGCGCCGCUGUCUCUCUUUUUUUUUUAUAAUCUAGACUGGUUUGGCCUGCAGAUGUUCAUUUGUGGAGAACUGUGUAGGGUUUCUCAGUGCGCAGUUGGUGAUUGUUGCAGGAGAGAAUUAAUGAGAAGAAUGACGGUAGGCCGGGAUUUUGAGUAGGGGAAGUGGUGGGAAUGGUGGGAGAGAGGGGAGGCGACGUUGAGGAACGGGGCGGGUACACAUUAGGGUGCCCCUGCGUGGCGGGUACAAGUCGAGAGGUUUGAGGGUGAGGAGUGGUGUGUGCACGCCGGACAGAGACCGGGAGGGCGAGACCAAGUGUGCGUCCGCGCGGGAGUGAUGGCAUGCCAUUCAAGAGGAGAGUCGCUGGGAGGGAGUGUGCCGUCAGCGGAUGCAGCCGUGUCGAAGCUGUAUCCGAUGGCGGAUCUACCUCCAGAGUGGCGCUCGCGGGAACAGCUGGAGCCUUCGCCACCCUCGACGUCGCCUGCUUACUGGGACACUGAUGAUGAUGACGAUUCCAAUUCGUCGUGCAUGAAUGGACCUAAGCCCACAGACCUGUAUGGGAAGUUCACUUGGAAAAUAGAGAAUUUUUCGGAGAUCAGCAAGCGAGAACUGCGCAGCAAUGUCUUCGAAGUUGGUGGCUACAAGUGGUACAUUCUGGUGUAUCCACAAGGAUGCGAUGUUUGCAAUCAUUUAUCCCUCUUUCUGUGUGUUGCAGACUACGACAAGCUUUUGCCUGGCUGGAGUCACUUUGCGCAGUUUACUAUUGCUGUUGUUAACAAGGACCCCAAAAAAUCUAAAUAUUCCGACACCCUACACCGAUUCUGUAAAAAAGAACACGACUGGGGUUGGAAGAAAUUCAUGGAGCUCUCCAAAGUCUUAGAUGGUUUUACAGUUGCUGAUACUCUCGUCAUAAAGGCUCAAGUACAAGUUAUCAGAGAUAAUCCCCACCGCCCAUUCCGAUGCCUGGAUUGUCAGUAUCGGAGGGAGCUUGUUCGAGUAUACCUGACUAACGUUGAGGGAAUCUGCCGACGUUUUGUUGAAGAGAAAAGAGAAAAGCUGGGGAAGCUUAUGGAAGAUACAGCUCGAUGGAACAGUUUCCAAGCCUUUUGGUCAGCUGUUGAAGAAGGCACUCGUCGGCGCCUCGCACGAGAGAAGACGGAUGUGAUUUUGAAAGCUGUAGUGAAGCGCUUUUUCAAUGAGAAGGAGGUGACAUCAACAUUGGUUAUGGACGCACUUUACAGUGGAUGCAAAUCGCUGGAUUAUAGGAGCAGGAACAAGAAGGGUAAAAUUAGCGGUGUGGACGUGGAGGAAGCCAUUAAUCCCAUAGUGUGGGUGGACAAGGAUGCUUUUGUACUUGCUGGUGAUGUGUUGCUCUUGCUUGAGCGGGUGGUCUCUGAAAUCUUGCCACCUUACAAGGAUGACAAGGGACCGCAAAAUCGAACGAAGUUGCAGGAUGGUAGCUUUGGCGAUGAUUUUGGCAAAGACUCAGUGGAGCGUGACGAACGGCGGUUAACUGAACUUGGCAGACGAACUGUUGAAAUGUUUGUUCUGGCUCAUUUAUACACCAAUCGUGUAGAGGUCGCUUACAGAGAGGCAGUUGCAUUGAAGAGGCAAGAAGAGCUUAUUCGUGAAGAGGAGGCUGCUGGGUUAGCGGAAACUGAACUUCGAGCUAAACGCGAGGCAGCUGAGAAGGAAAAGCGGUCAAAGAAAAAACAGGCGAAGCAAAGGAGGAAAGAUCGCAAGGACAAAGAUAAAGAAACAGAGGAAAGACGUGUGCGGGUAGAACAAGAAAAUCGUCAACGCCAAUCUGAGUCUUCCAGGCCUAAGGAACGAAUGCCAAAGGGGCGGGGGAUUAUUUCACUCAUUCCAGCAGAUGCAACGGACGAUGUUGGGACUCUGGGACUCGCUACAGAGGACGGUGAUGUAGAUCACACCACCUGGGAAAGAGACGUAUCAUACGGUCAUAGCGGCAUGGAGACCGCUGAAUUCAGCGGAGCACAUGAAGGAAGUUCGACACGUAACGGCAGAGCGGCACGAAAGAAUCAGGCAUCCGCAUUUGACGAUAGUUCCUCUACAUGCUCGUCUGACUCUCUUCCUUCGGUGAGGCCUUCUAUGAACGGAUCAUAUAGCACACGACCAAGCUUGUCCGAGCAGAAUCAUACAGUUCUCAACAGAGGGAGGAGUAGAGGAGACAGCGAUGGGUAUGAACAAGACGGGAGGUUUUUAGAAGCUGAUGGUACCAUCAUGCGUGCGACUGGUCUGGAUCCUAGUGGUCCUGAUGAAGCUAGCAGUAGUAGUUCUGCAGGAGUGGAUAAUGAGACUGUAAUUCUUUCACUUAAGGAGCGUGUCCGAUGGCUUGAGCAACGUCUUUGUGAAAAGGAUGAGGAGGUUGUAAUGCUACAAGAGCAGGUUAGCCUCUUCCAACAUCAAAUGAGACUGGACCGACCGUCUUCUCAUGAGCGUCUACCAGAGGAAGCGUAUGGAGGGUCUAUGCCUGGUGCAUCGAGUGCAGCAAGUUCCUCACCAGCCGAUGAAAGUAGCAGCUGCUUUUCCUCUGCAACCCUUGAUGUGGAAAAGCUGACUGGCCAGCAGAUUAGAUCAAGUAAAACAAUAGCAGGUACGACCAACGCAAGUGGUCAUUCAUCAACAUUCAAUGCCAACGGAACAACUGCAGGUGGCGCAGGCAGUAACGGUGACAGCAAUAGCAGGUGGUUUCUAGCUUUUGCAGUCAAUAAUGUUGACAAUAGUAGUAGGCAUGGUAUGAAUCCAGCUAAAGUGGAUGUUGGUACGCCCAAACCGUCUGCCCCAGUAAAAGCUCGUAGCAUUGAAGGAUCCAGGCCGCCUCGUGUAGGGAUGCCUCCAUCAUCAUCAGGAACCAGUUUGGCCGCUGGGAUCGAAGAAACAAGCUCAAGUUGUUCCGCCACCUUAUCUGCAACUUCACCUGUGAUUACCCGUCCCGCAAGUGCACCCGGUUUGGUACCUACUCAGCGAUCAGGAAUGCUUGGCCCCGUUUUGGAAUCUCAACCUCCGCUAUCACGAUCUUUGAGUGCAGCAGGCCGAUUGGCCUUGGGCCCAGGCCCCUCUGUAGGAGCCCACUGCAAUGGAAAUGCACAUAUUAGCCCUCCAGUGUCACCUUCGUACAGAAAUGCUGCUGCAGGGAAGAUAAGAAGCUUAGCAGGCUUAGCUUCAUAUCCUGUUUCAAGUUCUGGAAGUGUGCACAGUGGAGUUUCAGCUUCCAUGUCAGGAGCAACCACUUCAGCUGUAAUUCUGGACACUCCCGCAGUGCCAAGCCCAUCUCAUGGAAGUGCUCCAUCGAUGUAUUCGACUGCACCUACGGUCUCAGCGUCCUCUCCUCUGACGCCUGCUUCCAAGGUGCGGAUAGACCCCGUGCAGGGUACCCAAAGUGGAAGAACAGAGGCAGCUACCUCCCCUUCGACCACACCAGCGCUUUUGCAAUGCCCAGUGGUUCCGGAUGCUUUACCAGAACCCUUGUCGAAUGGUUUGCUUCCACAAGAGUACAUCUGUAGCCAGGGCGUUGCAGGUGGGAGGCGAUCACCAGUCGGCAUCACUUUUGGGACCGUGACUCCAGAGGUGCUGCACCAGCAGCAGCAGGAGGAGGACCAAGAGCAUAUGCAACCACGACAGAAAGAUGAGCAAGCACAAGCACAACAUCAGACACUGCCACAACUUCAUAAACAAGAAUCCGUGGAUCCUCACAAGCAAGAGAACGUAGUCUUUCAGGAGGGCCUUUCAAGACAUCACUGUUAUGGGCAGCAAGCCAAUCAGAGGCCUGCCCAUUCAAGCCUGUUACGUGAAAAUGGAGUUUUGAGUGGGGAUAGGCAUAGCAUGAUGUCCAUAGUGGAACCCGUUAAUAAUGGAGGUAUGGGAGAAGAAUUCCCGCAUCUUGACAUUAUUAAUGAUUUGUUAGAGGAUGAUCCUGGCUGCUUUGGGUUGGCACUAAGUGCAAUGCUCCAUCAACCAGGGUCUGCUCAGUUCUCCAACCGUCAUCUUAGUAUGCCAGGUCACUCUGGUAUGUUCAAGCACAGCCAAUAUGGCCAGGUUCGUUCAGACAGCAGUGCUGUGAAUAGUGAUGGAAGUGAUAGAGGGAGGACAUCAGAUGAUGAACGAAUGCUUAUGCACGAAGGAAACGCUGCCAGCAUAAGGGUUAACAGACGUUUAUCUGUUGCAUUCUCUCAUCAACCUUUGCGCAGAGUGCAGAGUCAGCAUAGUGGACACCUUGAUAGUAUAGCGUCUCAUUAUUGGCCAAUCGUGAGUGCAGGAUUACCGGCAGGAGACAGUGUAAGAAAUGGUCUGGACAGUCGCGUGCGUUAUCCUCUAGUGCAAAGUCAUCAUGUUUCUGUUCAGGAUUGCUCAGGAUUCUCCUUGAGGCAUAAUGGUUAUUCUGUACAUGCUCCUGCUCAGCGGCCAUAGAUAAUAAUCUGCCGUCAUUGUUUGUGCAAACUUUUUGGUUUUUCU